ACCAAAGAGGGUGGAAAGUGUCUGUGCAUAGGGUGAAAGAUAGAGUUCGAUUAUUUAGAUUAGUAGAAUGAUGAACAUGGAUGAUGUUGUGAUCCAUGUUCAAGGAAUGCUGGAGAGAGCAAACCCACCGGUAACUGAAGAGUGCUGCAUCUACAGAGUACCCUUACUGAUUCGCCAACUCAACGAAGAAGCUUACACCCCAAAGGUUAUUUCCAUAGGCCCUUAUCACCAUAAGAAUUCCCUUCUUCAGAACAUGGAAAGACACAAACUAACCUAUUGCAACUCAUUUCUUAAACGAACCAACACAAGUAUGGCAAGCUGGAUCCACUACAUAGCUGGUAAGGAGCUCCAAAUUCGUCAAUGCUAUUCAGACGCACUUGAGUUCAGCCCCAAGGAACUGGUAGAGAUAAUCUGUGUGGAUUCUGGAUUUAUACUUGAACACUUUUGGACAGCUCACUAUAAGACAUUAUACGAUAAGUAUCUUUCAACACCAUGGUUUGGAAUUAUGAUAUUCUAUGAUUUGGUGUUGCUUGAAAACCAACUUCCUUUUUUUGUUCUUAAUGAUCUCUUCAAUCUGUCCACUGUUGAUGGUGAUAGUGACACCCCUUCAUUCAUCCAACUUACAUUUGAAUACUUUGACUUUUUCAAUAGAUUAGAUUUGUCUCCUGAUAAUCUUAACACCACAUGUCAUCACUUCACGGAUCUAAUACGAACUUUUCACUUAUGUGGAAGAAAUAAAACUACUAGGAGUAGCCAAUGGCCGCAUAUUCCUAGUGCUACUAAGUUGUCAGGAGCAGGAAUAAGGUUGGGAAGCAGCGAAAGUAAGUGCUUUCUAAACUUGAGUUUCUCAAAAAAGGUUCUUAAAAUACCAAACUUGAGAGUGGACGAUGGUACUGAACUUUUGUUUCGCAAUAUGGUUGCUUUGGAGCAGUUUCACUAUCCUGACUAUGCCUACAUAGCAGAGUAUGCUCUUGUUCUGCAAUAUCUAGUAAACACAGGUAAGGAUGUGGAUAUACUGGUUAAAGCAGGAAUAAUGAAGAACUUAUUAGGAGAUAGUGAUUCUGCUGCUGAAAGAACUAAACGUCUUUGCAGAAAUACUGUUCUCAAAGAUUUCAGUUCUGAUUACGUCACUCUAUGGCAGGAAUUGGAUGCUUCAUAUAAAAGUCGUCGUCUUAAGUUGAAGUCAACUCUUAGACGUGAUUACUGUAAAGGUCCUUGGCAAACCGCUGCUACCGCUGCUGCUAUUGUUGUUCUUAUUCUUUCUUUUGUUCAAACAAUUUGUUCUAUCUGGCAGAUAAAACAGUCUUAGAAUGUCUCACCUUCUUCCGACUAUCAUCAGUCUC